AUGUUGGCUGACCGCGUUGUGGCCCACAUACGCGAAGUCGAAUCACGUCUUGACUUGGCCCGGCACUACGGAAAUCCUUACCCGCGGCUUGUAAACCUACCUAAAGGUACACUCCCUAUCAAUAAACACUCGCAGCCUGUGGCUCUCGGUGGUGUUGACAAUUCUGGCCCGAGAGAUGGUCGGGCUGGCGUCAAGCGUACUCGUCAAAUUCUUCAACAUGCCCAACCCUCUUAUCUUCUCUCUUACACCAAGAAUGGAUACGAGAAUCCCAGUUAA